CUGCAGUAGCUGGGACCACAGAGUACGGCGUUUGUGAGAACUUGCGGAAGCUGGAGAUCACAGGCGUGUCCUGCCGGGAUGUCUAUGCCAAGCGUAUAAACCCGCGCGUGAAGUCGGGGCGCUUCAUGAGAAUCCUUCCUGACUACGAGCACAUGGAGUACAGGGACGUGUACACCUGCCUGCUCCAUCGAUACCGACACAUUUUGGGAUUGUGGCAGCCAGACAUUGGGCCGUACGGAGGGCUCCUGAACGUGGUGGUGGAUGGCCUGUUCAUCAUCGGCUGGAUGUACCUGCCACCCCACGACCCCCACGUGGAUGACCCCAUGCGGUUCAAGCCUUUGUUUCGAAUCCACCUGAUGGAGCGGAAGUCAGCCACAGUGGAAUGCAUGUACGGCCACAAGGGGCCCCACAAUGGCCACAUCCAGAUAGUGAAGAAGGACGAGUUCUCCACCAAGUGCAACCAGACGGACCACCAUAGGAUGUCGGGAGGGCGGCAGGAGGAGUUCCGGACAUGGCUGAGGGAGGAGUGGGGCCGCACGCUGGAGGACAUUUUCCACGAGCACAUGCAGGAGCUCAUCCUGAUGAAGUUCAUCUACACCAGUCAGUACGACAACUGCCUGACCUACCGCCGGAUCUACCUCCCGCCCAGCCACCCUGACGACCUCAUCAAGCCUGGCCUCUUCAAGGGCACCUAUGGCAGCCAUGGCCUGGAGAUCGUGAUGCUCAGCUUCCACGGCCACCGUGCUAGGGGCACCAAGAUCACGGGGGACCCCAACAUCCCCGCCGGGCAGCAGACGGUGGAGAUUGAUCUGAGGCACCGCAUCCAGCUGCCUGAUGUCGAGAAUCUCCGCAACUUCAACGAACUCUCGCGAAUCGUCCUGGAGGUCGGUGAGCAGGUGCGGCAGGAGCAGCAGCGGGAGGCCGGUGAGGAUCCUGUGCUGGCCCAGGAGCAGCCGGCCAGGGAGGCAGAGGCGGGGCCUGGUGAGGACGGCGGCGGGAAGCCUUCGGAUGGAGCAGAUGGAGCGGCUGCGGCUGAGCAGCCCGACCAGUCCAGCAAGGGGCAGCCCUUCGUGCUGCCCAUGGGUGUGAGCUCAAGGAACGAGGACUACCCCCGCAGCUGCCGCAUGUGCUUUUAUGGCACAGGCCUCAUCGCUGGCCAUGGCUUCACCAGCCCAGAGCGCACACCAGGCGUCUUUAUCUUGUUCGAUGAGGACCGCUUUGGGUUCAUUUGGCUGGAGCUGAAGUCCUUCAGCCUGUACAGCCGGGUCCAGGCCGCUUUCCGGAAUGCAGACGCGCCGUCACUGCAGGCCUUUGAUGAGAUGCUCAAGAACAUCCAGUCCCUCACGUCCUGAGCGCCUCGCCAGCCAGUGCCCCUUGCGGGCCCUGCCACCGUGAAUGGAAGCAGCAUGCACUUGGAAAUGCGGCCUUCUCGCCAGGCUCCCUGCCCGGCCCCUCAGACACCUUCUGUAUAGCGUGUAACAUAUUCCUGUACAUUGUCGGUAGCCAUUAAGGAAAAAGCUGAGCAUGUCAAAACAGAGAAAAGGAAAGAGUGGGUGAGCAGAGUGAUCUGACUAGCAGAGGCCGAGGGCAUGUGGGGUGGAGGCAGGAGCUGUGUCCUCGGCGCGUUGGCUUUCUUCCAGAGCACAGGCUCCUCCAGGGGAAGAUCUGGGCGGCAGCCAGGCGUUCUCCCCUGAGCAGAUGAGACGAGCGCGGGUGGGGUGUCCUGCUACACCUGUCAGCCGCUUGGUAAGCGGAGCAGAUGUGGCCAUGGCCUGUGAGGGCCCAGGAGGUGGUGAGGGCGUGGUUCCCCCCAGUGGGUGUGGAGAGGAUUUGCCCCCAGAUCAGAACUCCUGGGAGUUGUGUGUUGUUUUGUGCCCUUCCCCCACUGCCCCUCUUUUGCACCUGCUCCGUGCCCAGUUGCCCGGCACUUGUGGGGUGCUGGUGUCGUUUCACUGUAUAGUGCGUGCAGGUACAGUUCUGCAGUGUGGCCACUCUGGCACCCUGUGAAGCCUUUCCAACGUGGUCUGCUUGUCAGAGGCCGGGAGCUGUUCAGGACCCUGCAGUGUCCUGUCAGUGUGGGGAUGCUGAGUGCCCACGUGUCUUCAGCAUGGUUUCCCUGCAGUUAACGCCAGCAUUUUUAGACUCUACCAAGGUCUUGCUGCCAUCGGUGUCCCUGGAAGGACAGGGACUCUUGAAAUCUGCCCCCUUCCUGCCCUGUGGUUUGUUCAGCCUUGAGCCGACUUGCAGUAUGCGCAUCCCUCUCUCAGUGCAGGCCCCUGGUGGCCGCUCUGAGCCCUCCUCUGGGGGUGCUUGGGAUUUACCCCGCUGUUGAGAGAUCCCCUGGCAGUCAUGUGGUGCCUUCGCCUAGAGAUCAGCUGAGGACAUGCCAUGCAGUGUUUUGCUAAUUAAUUUCUCCCUGACUGGCCUUAAAAAAAUUUCCAUGGUCCUAGCUUCUGUUCACUGGCAACUCCCGACCAGCUUCACUCCCACUGCAGAACCAAGCAGCUCUGGCGGGGACCCUGUGUUCACACUGCCCUGGGAGGUGGAGAGGCAGGGGCGGAGCAGGGGCACCCUCCUGGGCAGAGCAGCACUGUCCUCCUGGCGGUGGGAGACACCAGGGCUCACCCUCCCGGAUUCUUCUGGGGUCCUCCAGCGAGCUUCGAGGGCUUGGCCCCCGUUUCUGGCAUUCUGUGCAGGGUUGAGCCUGACGUCUUUGUCACUUCCCUGUCGGAGAAGGCAGCCCGAGAAGGGUGGUUGCCCUGACCACAAGCUGUAAGGACAGUUGGGUGCAGAGACUGUGGCUGUAAGUUUUACCACUACUGAAAGAACUUCAAGAGAAUGCAUUUUCUAUGAAGGGCCUGUGGCUUGUCUGAGGGGCCUUUCUCCACUGGAGGAGUCCCUUCAGCAUUGAAGAGA